UUUCCUUAUUCCCACUUCCUUUUUUAAAAAUCUAAUUAUUCCAGCCAGACAGAACAUGGAAAAUUCCUUGAAAAAAACAUUAUGAUGCAAAGAGGCCGUCCAGAGAGAAGAAGCCACUGUAAGCAUUGUGUUUGAAAGAUGUGCAACCAACUGGCGUUCCCAGCGUGAGAACAUCCAGUGAUGAAAUGAGCUGUAGGCCUACAUGAGUAUCGGCACAGGGGAAGUGGAUACAACAUAAGAUGCGUGCAUUGUUCCUUAUAGUCCUGUAUGCUGGAUUGUGCUACGCCAGCUCUGACAGCGACCAAGAAAACAUACAGAUUAUAAUGGAUAAUGUUCUGGUCCUGAGAGUGCCCAAUGAUCUGGGCAGCCGUGUGUAUGUUCCUCUGAGCUGUGGAGAAGCUUAUCAAAACCAGCCUGUGGUUUGGAAGAAAAACGGCGAGGAGAUUGAACCAGCUCUGCAGGGGAACCAGGUCAAGGUCCUGGUGGAGGAGAUGAAUGGAGGAAACUACACUUGUCACCUCAGUCCAGAUGGAGAAUACCUCAACCACACUGUUAUCCUGAUCCAACUAGAGCCAGACAACAGGACUGUCAUUCUGGAAGAAUUCCCUGAAGAGGGUGCAGGUCACAUCCACUGUUCAGCCCCCAACUAUAACGGCUCCUUCCACUGCACCUGGAGAAGAUCAACUAGCAGAUCCAACGCUGCUGUGCUCCUGGUGAAGGCAGAACGUAAUUCAGAAAAGAUUCCCUGUGAGCUGGAUGCUGAUGGAUCAGGAAUUCACUGCAAGGAUGCCAGCUGCCCAUAUAGAGAGGAACAGCACCGUGUCUCCCUCACCAUCUACAUACACAGCGACUCUCGCCUCGAGGCUUACACAAAGACUUUCUACCUGAGAGACAUUGUGAGGCCAGCUAAAAUCAUUAACCUGCGCAUCAGUGAUGGGAAGGAGUUCAGCUGGAACUACCCUGAAAACUGGGAGAAGCCUUGCACCUACUUUAGUCUGCAGUUCGAGGUCAAGGUGGUCAAAAAAGGAUUUCCCUGUCACAGUACAAAUGAAAUAAUGAAUAACACCACUGACAAAAUGACAUAUACGGUCAACAUCAAAUCCAAUAAGUAUGUUUUCUGUGUGCGAGCUCAGGACAAAUACACCAACGGGCCAUUUAGCCACUGGAGCCACUGCACAGUGGAUAAACAUACAGUCUGCACCUAGCUUCUGUCACUGGACUGUAGCCAUAGAGGAUGGAAGAACACCAGGAUGCAAGAAAACAUUUUUCUAACUCCCGUUUAUUUUCAAAGUGGUGCUGUGCUUCGGGAGUGAAAGUAUACCUGUACAGUAUUUAUUGAUCACUCAUUUAAAUUGAUUCCAUGGAACUACAGUAUAAUGUUAAGCCUAUUAUUUGUAAUAUGAUUGAAAUAAAGAACGCAUUCCUUUAUGCCCUUUGUAACUCAUUUGCAACUAUCCUUUCAGAACAUUUAAUAAUACAUUUAAACAUUCUGCAAUUUUUGUAUAAUGUCUCAAAUGUAUUGGUAAUUUUUGUAAACUAUGUCAAUAUUCGGUGACUACACAUUUUACAAGACUUAAGGAACAAUGAGCAGGCAAUUUAGAUACAAAAAAAAGGUUUAUUGUCAUAUUUACAGCCAGGAUGUCAGGGAUGUGAUGAGGAAAACACAAAAAAGCAGAUCAAGAAACUAUCUCAAGAAAUGAAAUGUAAAGGAGUUGAAUGUCCAAAAGGUCUGUAAACCUGACAUUUGAAGAAAAAAAAAAAAAAAAAUCACAUUCCUGAUGUUUCCAACAGCUUCAGGUGCUACUUGUUCAUAGGGUGGGACACACCUUCCCCCGAUACUUCCCCUUCUUCAUCCAUAACUUAAAAUCAACGUUGACAAUAAGUGCAAACACACUCAUUUCAUUAAUAAAGCAGCUACAAAAAAACAACGGAAAAUGCACAUUUUGUGCUGUCAGUUUCUUGCAUUCCCAUCAUUAUCCCUCAUCCUCACUUUGUUCAUUGACAUUUGGAUGUACCUAAACUGUUCAGUAAAAGCUCUAAACAAAACAUAUACUACUUAAUUCUACAUAAAAAAAAUAAAUAAAAAAAAUU